AUGGCGGAACAUCUUGCGAGCAUCUUUGGGACUGAGAAGGAUCGUGUGAAUUGCCCCUUUUAUUUCAAGAUUGGGGCAUGUCGUCACGGAGACCGGUGCUCCCGCCUGCACAAUCGCCCGACCAUCAGCCCCACGCUGCUACUCCAGAACAUGUAUCAGAACCCCAUCCUGAACGCUCCCCUGGGCGCGGAUGGCUUGCCCCUCCCCGUCGACCCCAAGAAGGUCCAGGAGUUCUUCGAGGACUUUUACGAGGACAUCUUUGAGGAGCUGGCCAAGGCCGGGGAGAUUGAGUACCUGAAUGUGUGCGACAACCUGGCAGACCACAUGGUGGGCAACUGCUACGUCAAGUUCAGGGACGAGGAGGCCGCGGCGCGCGCCCUCCAGCUCUUCCAGGCCCGCUUCUACGCCGGGAAGCCCAUCGUGGCCGAAUUCUCGCCCGUCACCGACUUCCGGGAGGCCACCUGCCGGCAGUACGAGGAGGGUACCUGCGGCCGGGGCGGGUACUGCAACUUCAUGCACGUCCGCCCCGUGUCCAAGCAGCUGCGCAAGCAGCUCUUCGGGCGCUACAGGGACGGCACGGGCGGCUCCACCAAGUUCCACGACAAGUGA